UCCAAGGGGCCGGCGAUGGGCUCCGAGAUGGCGCGGCUGCUAGAGGCGGUGGACUUCGCAGCCAGAAAACACAAGGAGCAGCGGCGUCUGGAUCCCGAGGGCACCCCCUACAUCAACCACCCCAUCGGCGUCGCCAGGAUCCUGGCACACGAGGCCGGUGUGACGGACAUAGUGGUGCUGCAGGCUGCCCUCCUGCACGACACCGUGGAGGACACGGACACCACGUUCUCCGAGAUCGAGGAGUGGUUCGGUGCAGAGGUGCGGUGUGUGGUGGAGGAGGUGACGGACGACAAGACCUUGCCCAAGAUGGAGCGGAAGCGGCUGCAGAUCGAGCAUGCUCCCAUUUGCAGCCGGCGGGCCAAGCUGGUUAAACUGGCGGACAAGCUGUACAACCUGCGGGACCUGAAUCGCUGCACCCCGCGAGGAUGGUCGGCGGAGCGCGUGCAGGAGUACUUCCGGUGGGCGGCGCGCGUGGUGUCCGGCCUGCGCGGGACCAGCGCUGCCCUGGAGGGGGCGCUGCAGCGCUUGUUCGAAGAGCGCGGCGUGGCCACGUGA